AUUUAAGCAUACUAAAUGUAAUUAUUGUUCUAGGAGACAUGGACGAAACAGGAAUCAUCUUGUUACUCACCGUAUUAUUCAAAUUAGUUCUACAAUCAACACAGAUAUGCGUACGAGACUACUACGGUGGCCAAGUUUCUUGUACCAGUCUUCAAGACGUAGCAUCUAAUAGCGGUUUCCAGUACCUACGGAUUGAAAACACAACUAUUACAGCAUUGGAAGGAAAUGCAUUUGAACGACACCGUUCUCUGUAUGAACUUUCGCUCAAGUCUGUACACAUAGCUGCGAUUGACGAUAACGUAUUCAAAUAUUGGCGAAACCUGCGUAAACUGGAUUUGGAAAACAACGAAAUCGGAUACAUUGGAUUUCUAAAGGGGUCACGAUUGCAGUACUUGAACUUAAAUUUUAAUAAUUUAACUAUCUUUGCCACACCAGACUUUUCUAUGAAUGAACUGCAAGCCUUAUCAGCAACUAACAAUUACAUUGAAAAGUUUGACAUAGAUUCAUACGGCCUUAGAGAGUUGGAUCUAUCUUACAACCGUAUUAAAAGCGAUGUCGAUUGGCUUGGGAGCAGAUUUAAAAAUUCAAACAAUCUAAACGUGUUGAACAUAAGUUUCAAUCCGAUAGUGGCGUUGCAGACAAACUCAUUUACAGGUCUCAGUAGAUUAAAACGCCUUUACCUCAAGAAUUGCAGUAUACAGAAGAUCGAUACGCCCUUCGAUGUACUGACAGAAUUGCAUACGCUUGAUUUGAGUAGUAACGAUUUGCAAAGCUUACACAGCAACAUAUUCAGUAAGCUCUCCUCUCUAAGGUACCUCCUCCUUGAGUACAACCACAUACGCACUUUAGACUUGACUGGAUUCGCGGGAUUGCGCAAUCUCAUGCUUGUGGACCUGUCCCAUAACCAAAUCCAAGAAAUAAGUGUGGAUCAGUUCCAAGAAAAUGGUUUUCUGCUUCAGGCAGAGGGGUCGAAAAUGUUAAACCUGAGUCAUAAUGGAUUAACCGCGUUACCUUCAAACGUCUUUAGGAUCUUUGUUCACAUAAAUCUGGAAUUUAAUCCUAUUAGAAACGUGAAAGAGGAAAUGCAUUUUGGUGCACCAAGUGUGCAAUCCCUCACUUUGGCCGGUACCAACUUUGAGUCAUUCCGGUCGAUUUUGGGCAGCUUGAAGAACAUUCGUGAUUUGAAUUUAUCUUACACCAAUACUCAGCAGAUCGAGAUAGAUGACUUCUCGAAGUUGACUCAUCUGGAAACCUUGGAUUUGAGCAAUAAUAAUAUAUCUGAAAUCAGAGAGAACUGCUUCACUUAUCUGAACAGCUUACGUAUCUUAUUGGUGCGCAACAGUUCGCUUACCGAGAUAAAGUUUGGCUCAUUCAUCGAUUUGCACAGUUUGAACCAUUUAGAUUUGUCACAGAAUCAGAUCAGAAACUUAAAGCGACGGACCUUUACUGGAUUGCGUCAGUUAGAGAGUUUGGUGCUGAAUUGUUCACGGAUCGCCCGCGUAGAACCGGAAGCCUUUCAAACUUUGGAGGCAUUGCGAAUUUUAGAUUUGAGCGAUAAUGACCUUACAGGUUUAGAGCCGAAGAGCUUUGCUGGUCUAAUAAACCUUCAACGGUUAUAUCUCAACAAUAACACCGUCAAAUACAUUUCGUCUGGAAGCUUCGACGGCUUGGAAAGCCUUGUCUUUCUCGAUCUGUCCAUGAACAAUAUUAUGGAACUGAAAACAUCCGCAUUUCAAGGCUUAAAUCAACUUCAACAGCUCUUCCUGAACAGGUCCAGGAUUAAAAGUAUCAGCCACGGCGCUUUCUCGUUUUUAACUACGGUGGACUACUUGGACUUGUCCGGCAACGCAAUUGACAUCUUGCGCAAUGGAACGUUUUCUCCAUUAAACUCGCUCAGGGAGCUAAACCUCUCCAAUGCGGAAAUCGGCGAAAUCGAAGGAGGAACAUUUAAAAACCUACAGUCGCUAGUCUCCUUGCAUUUGGGUGACAAUAAAUUCACCGUACUAAGAACGAAUACCUUUGCAGACCUUCCGAUACUUCAAACGAUAGGCUUACACUACAAUCAACUGGAACUUAUUGAAGCCAAGGCGUUUUCCAACCUUGGCAGUUUAAAUUUCAUAGACCUACAAGGCGCCCGCAUCAAGAACAUCGGAAGCAGUGCGUUUCAAAAUCUCUAUUCUCUGAGAGACUUGAACCUUUCUGGACUGUCAGUUGAGAAUAUGGAACCAAACACAUUUAACUCAAUGCCAUAUCUGAACACCUUAGAUUUAAGCAACAACAAUUUUAGCGUGAUUCCCUCUGAUUGCGUUCGAGACCUUGGCCAACUACAAUUCGUCAGCUUGCGCAACAGCAAACUAAGGCAGAUUGAGCACGGUGCCUUCUCCGAUCUGCCGAGUUUAAAUUUCAUUGAUUUUAAUGGAUCUUUGGUUGAAAGUAUCGAAACCGGCGCAUUUUCACGUCUCCCGCAUUGGAGUAAUAUGAUCAAUUUGUCGGGGUUAUCCUUGAAAAGUAUCAACUCCGGAGCAUUUAGCGAGUUACAACUUGAGGCGACUUUAAUUUUGAGUCACAAUCUACUAAGGGUCGUGCACACGGAAACAUUCCCCGUAAAUACGUUUUUGCGAUUGGAUUUAAGCUUUAACGAAAUUUCCGAGUUGGAACCUAACGCGUUUGACCAGUUAAAAUUUCUAGAAUUGGGAGUGCUCAGUCUAGAGCACAACAAACUGUCAACUCUCCAAUCCGGAGCAUUUUCGGGACUUCGAAAUGUCUUCAAAAUUAAAAUUGCGUACAAUUUGAUUGAUACCAUUGUACCUGGCAGUUUCCAAGAGCUUUGGAUGUACCCAGAGUGGACGAACGACUAUGACUAUUGUGCCAUUGAGUUGGAUUUUAACAAAAUUAGAAUUUUGAACAAAAAUACCUUUAGGGGUGUCCACGGCUUGCGUACUUUAAGCAUUGCGUAUAACGAUCUCGAGGAGAUUGCGCCGAACGCGUUUCUUGCACUGGACUCUUUAUAUAUCUUAAAUUUGGGGUACAACAACAUCAGCGUUCUGGAUCUGCAGUCGUUUUCUGGAUUAAGUGGACUACGGCGUUUAAUUUUGACCGACAACAACCUAUCAAGCUUUCGUAUCGGGACAUUCUCCCACUUGUCUGCCUUGGAGUACCUCGACUUAUCUAACAACAAAAUUGCUAAAUUAAAAGUGAUCGUGUUUUACCCACUAGGCGGACUUACAAGACUAAAUUUGGAAGGAAAUAGUUUCAACAGUCUCAACCACAACCUUCUCGUGUACUACCUCAGCUCACUUAAUGAAAUCAAUUUGCCUAAUAGUGUGUGGCCGUGUGGAAAACUAACAGAAAUGCUGAAGGUAUUUAGGAAUAAACACGUUAAAUACCUACCCGACAAAGACAGUGGGGUAUUUUCUAGUGAAAACGUCGAAGGUAUCAGCUGCUAUGACAGAAACGAGGAAAGUUUGUCCAGAUCAAGCUUGGAAACGAUGCUGGAUGGGGUGGAAGACGCCAUGAAGGUGCUGGAGAAUGCCAUAUCUAAAGUAAACGAAAAUCUUAAUAAUUACCCUGUCGAUGAAUUGUAGUAGUUUAGUUACCUACGAUUUAUAAUAUGUGAGAUCGAUUGUCGACUGCACAAGAUUGCUGUUUGUGUCGAUUGUUUACUUAUAUUAAAUUUUUAAAAUUGGUGAGUA